AUGGAAAUGACAACGAUUCGUACAGGCUUAUCGAAAGACAUGACAACAUUCGUACAAGCAGACUUAUCUUGCUUUCGAGAAGUCGUUCAACGAUUAACUGGUACAUCUGAAUGUACUGAUGGAAAUCCCAAAAUUGCAGCAACAAACAUUUCAAAAGAACAAAAGCAGCCUAAUAUAUCAAAACUCCACCAUCGCAGACAAUGUCGAAGAUCAGACAUAGAGAUCACUAAUUCCCAAUUUCAGCCCAUCAUCAUCCCAAGUCCCUCAACUCGUCCGAAUAAACGAGCUUCUCCAACCAUUGAGUUGAUAAAUAAAGUGGAAGAAGAGAAAGCCAUCAAAGAAAGAAGGUUUUACUUGCAUCCGUCCCCCAGGUCUAAACAUGGAAAUACUGAAGAACCAGAGUUACUCACCUUGUUUCCUUUAAUUUCGCCUCGUUGAAACAACGGAUCGUGAACAAUAAGUUGAGUGAUUUUGUUUAUUUAACUAGAAACUACUUAGUAAAAGAUACAGUUCCUAC